GUAGCUAAUAAGUUUAGAAUGUUUUCUUCGCUUAGGCAAACGUUAUUUAAAGUCAAAAAGUGUGAUUUAAUCUGGUCAAGAUUGUCCAGUUCAUCAUCAACUGGGACUGCAAUAUCUGACUACAGAUUUUUUCUUCCAAUACAGACUCGAGCGAACGACAAUGAUGCUUAUUCCCACGUUAACAACACAAUUUACAAUUUAUAUGUCGACACAAUUAUUAAUAAUUACAUAAAUUGGUAUGGAUUUCCUAACCAGAAAGAAACAAACUGCAAAAGAUUGGUUGCCCAUGCAAGUUUUGAUUACAAGUCUUCAGCCGUCUAUCCAGAAAUACUCCUCGGAGCGCUGAGAGUGGACAGGAUAGGACGAUCUAGUGUGCAAUAUGGAUCAGCUGUUUUUACUCCAAAAAAGCAGUAUUUAACUUUUCUGGGUGACGAUUCACAAGACCCUCUGAUGGAAAUCGGAAUAGGGGUUCAAGGGCUCAUCACCAAUAGCGACGAUAGUGAUGUAAUAAUGAAGUUAAUGAUGCAUUACAAUCCUAAUCCUUGUCUUCUUUCUAAAUACAUUCAUGUGUUUGUUGAUGGCGCUGAUGGUAAACCAGUGCAAAAGCUGCCAACUAAUAUACAGACAGGAAUGGAAAAGAUAUCUCUCUAACCCUAUCUUAUUUACUAACAUCACCCGAAUCAUCACUAAAUGAUAGCUAGCGCACUGCAAGUUACUAAACAAAAGAUCCGUGAUUUCCAUACACCCCUACCCCCCCCCCCCCCCCCCAUCCCAUAUUUUAAUCUCUAACUUGGUUAUAAUUAUAUGUAAAUAUUCAGAAAGUAGCAUAUAUACCAGUGCAGAUGAUCAGUAGAAUAUAUAACACAUUUUAAAAGUGUAAAAUAGUUUUCUCACUGAUAGCAAAAUAUCUACCACCGCCUCAAUUUGACCACACCACUAAAAUGAAAAGCUUGGGAGCACACUACACAAGAAAUGUGGAUGAAUCGCCAAACCGCCGGUCAAUUCGAAUCGUGUCACCUCUCAUAAGAGAAUUAAACUGGGGAAUCAAACCUAUAGGAUUGGAUUUACACAUUCAUCCCCGGGGAGAGGAAAACCGAUAAGGCGGCUUAAUCUUAUGGCGAACUAAGGCCUCUCGUCCGGUUACCAGU